ACAUUGCAUGACUGGAAUUUUAUGCAGUACUAACCCACAUUUCUACAUAUGUGUGCAGAUUCUGCACGCUGUUUAACUAGUUAUGUAAUCACUGUUCCUAUUGUAUUGCAAUUUUCAACCAUGCCAAUUGCGUAUCUGUCAUCUGGUUAUCCGGAUUUUCAUAACGCAUCAAAUAAUCUCAGACAGAAGAAAAGUGUCAAAAUGUCACAAAAAACGAUUAAAGACGCUUCAAUUUUAAUUCAUAAGUUGUUAACUACUAAAGUGGAAAAAGAAAUAAUAACAAAUUUAUUGGUAGACCUGGUUGAAAUUUAUCAACAGAACGAAAUCAGUAUUGGAACUGUAGACCACAUUACGGGAAAAGAUGUGCUCAACUUAAACAAGACUGAAUUUACUCAGGGUGAUUUCAAGUCGCUUAUAGAAUACGUAAUAGACAAGAGGCAAGAUAAACUCCGGAGACUUUUAAUCCAUCUUCUGAACCAAUCCCCAUAUCAGAAUGAUGAUAUUCUGUUCAAAAUUAUCUCGACAAUGGAGGACUCGUUAUUUAUUCAGACAGACCCUUCUUGGAGAAAGAUUAAGAGCACAAAACAAGAUGAAAAUUCUUUCACCUUAAAUCUCAAGUUUAAGAUGGAACCAGAGAAGAAAUUUCGAAAUUAUACAUGGCCAGAUAGCUACAUGGACAGAUAUUUUGUUGCAAUAACAAACUUCAAAAACGUUGAAGAGCUUGAAGAAAGAUUAACAAACAUUAAGCUUUACCAAGGACUUUGCUGCAUUUAUGGUUUCCGAAGAAAAACAAACCCACAAGAACUUCGAAAUCUCUUCCUUCCAAAUCAACUUUCAACUGAAGAUGAAGUCCAAAAUGUCACAAGAUUUCUUGACACAUUAUCUUGUUCCACUGGACAGGAAAUUUUAGUUACGGUGUCAUCCUACUACAAAAUCUCCCUUAAAAAUUGGUUCACCCAAACUUAUGAAAAACGUCGCAUUCCAUCCGAAGAGCAAGUUAGAUUACAAGUCCAAGUUUUCCAAGUGCUCUUUCGUGAAUUACAAUCAUUUCUUACGAAAGGAGUCACACAAGUUAAUCUUCUGCCAAAGAAUUUCUUCUUGUCAAAAUUAAAAGGAAAAUGUUUUUUCCCAUCGGCAUUCGGAUUACCGGAUGAUCAAGUUUCAUUUUCAGAUUUCGAAAGGCUUUUCAUCUCCGAAAAUCAUAGCAAUGUGAGAUAUUCAAUUGGAAUUUUAAUGUUGUAUGCUUUGGCAGCUUGUGACAAAGAUGAAUUUGUGGAUUUGGUGAAAUUAAUAAAAUCAGAGGAAACUGAAUUAAACUUGGAUGCGUUGUACAGUUUCUCACCAAUUUUAAGUACAUCAAAAUCUAUUCGUACCCUGAUCCGUGAUAUUAUUCACUCAACCAACUCCCUCUUACCAAAUGAAGAACUGUGCAAAAUGCUUAUCGACUGGGAUGGGUUAUUUAGAGACUUUGAACAUAAUAGUGAUGAGCGUGCUAAAAAUAGUAGAUGGGAUUUUUAUGAUGACGGGGCCCACAUGAAACUUUUGGUGGCUGAAGUUCUCGCAACCGUAAUUGACGAGACUUACGCGGAUUUGACUAUCCAAGAGCUGCCAGAGCAUGAAUUGGCUGAAGUGUGUGACAAAAUGAGAAACGAAAAAUAUGCAGAUUUCGAUGAAAAUUUACUAACAAAGAACACUUUUCAGGAAGUUUUAGAUUUCGCAAAAAAUGAAAGACCUUGGAUACUUCCACCAUUGCUUUACAACUCCAGAACGUACUUUACAGCCGAGCUUACCUCGAAGCUUUACAAAUCCACUGAAAAACAUUGGGAUGCCCAGUUCACUAACUUAUCUUACCUUGGAGCCAAUAAUUUUGGCUACUUGUUCCAAAGACGGCAAACCAUUCCGAAUACACUUUCAAGAUCUAGAAUAAUGUUGCUAAUUCCGAAGGUGUCAGAGGAAGAAAUUCUUGGCAAGAUACGAACACGCACGUACGGAAAGCUGAAUUUUUCCGUGAAUUUAAGCGAUUUUUCCUACUUCUAUGACCAUUUACACCUCAAGCCGAUGUACUCCGAUCAGCUAAGAGAAAUAAUUACACCGGAUGAGUUGGACUCGCUGCCUGCACAGCUUCAAAAAAUUUUGAACGCUCGAAUUUGUGUCGAAGUCGCAACAAUUCAAUUCCCAGUGGGCCGUCACACUUUGAGAGAUUAUAUUAAUUAUAUUUAAAAGUGCAAAAGCUGUGUGGGUGUCACUGG